UGACUGAAUUUAAGAUUUUCAUAGUAUUACAAUUCGUUCUUAUCUCUAACGAAUGGCAUAAAUUACUGGCCUGUGUUAUAAAAAAAAACAACGAAUGCCGCGUAUUAUAAGUGAUAAGAUCGGACAAGAAUCAAUCAAAUAGAUAUGAUAUCCGAGUUUGAAGAACGGGAACGAGCGCGCUUUAGGCUGAGCCGAGCGCGAACUGAGAGAUUGCGUUCGGCCAAACGGUUUAUCCAAAAAACAUAUGCCUAACGCGACGCGCCGCACCGCGUCGGACUCUACGUACGGUUUUGAUAAGCUAGCUCGUGUGUGUGCGGCUCGACCGCAGAGCAAUAUGGACGGGCACGAGUGUGAAUCUGCGGACGACACGGACGACGCGCGGCUGACGACCCUAGCCCAGCUCAGCUCAGCCCAGUUCAGUUCAGCUCAGCUCAGUUCAAAUGCGAAACUCAGUUCGGACACAGUUCAGUUUUUGCUGCCAUUGACGGUUGAGCAAAGUGACCUCCGCGCUGGAUGCUGUAGCUUCCAAGUGCCAUAAGCUCUCGCGCCGCGCAAAAUAUAUCUCGAAGUUCAAACAACCGUACAAAUAAACUAGAUUGCAUUUGUGCGUGUGUGUGUGUGUGUGUAUUUACUGUGUUUACGUGUGCUCGCCGCGGCGACUAAGCUAUUUCCAUAAAUACAUAUAGAAGCGCCUAAAGUCGCGUUCGUUCAUUCAAACAACAAACUCCUUCGAUAACGGUCAAAGUCUUGCUCGCGAUCAGCUGUACAGGUGUACAGGUGUGCAGGUGUACAGGUGUAGUAACACUCACUUCCGGUGCCCAUCAUUUCAAAUUGCAUCUUCGCGUAAAACAUAUCGAAAAAACUCUGCCAAUUACACGUGCGCUUCAAUCAGUGCGUACAAUUAUAAUGUACACAUACAUGUGCAUGUGCGCACACAUAUGUGCAUGUGUUUGUGCCUAAGCUCCUCUCCGUUGCGCUCGCGCUCUCUCACACAUUCGCACUCUCUCGCUCACGCACCCACAAUUGCAGUCGCCGGAGACGCCAUCACAGCAAAACUAAUGCUAAUUUGAAACGGCCCAAGUGCAGGCUGAACAAAAAGCGAGACCCAGACCGGGUGCCACGCUGGCGUAUGCUGGUGGCUGUGGCUGUGUGGAUUAUACAAUCCGGAUUGACAACUGGAGGCAGACAAGCGCGUAGUCUGUUAUUUAACUGCUAUAACAAUUAUCAGUGCUGGAUUAUUAUCAGUGCAACGAAAACGAGUAGAGAAGCGGAGAAGAAGGAAGCGCUGCAUCUCUCUCUCUCUCUCACAAGUGGACCGGAGCUAACAAUCAGCACAAUGUCAGUAUUUGCGAUUCGCCAAACCCGAGCCCACAGCACAAACAGUAUUAGAACGCAGAUGAACAGAUGAGCAGAUGAGCAGAUGAACAGAUGAAAGCAGCAGCAGCACAGGGCGACGUCUGGAUCAAACAACAAACAAUCCGAAGGAACGCAAGGAACUUUUGCCUUUUUUCCGGAAGUAGGAGCACUGAGCAGGCGCACACAAUAUGCUGACCAUGGACAAGUGCACAGCGGCGAGUCCGGCGCCAAUUAUCAUCGGCGGCAACACAAAGCCGCCCGCGACGUCGGCGUCGGCAUCGGCGUCGGCGUCGGAGCAGCAUACACACCUGCCGCAGCUGCAUACGCAUCAACAAUCGCAUUCCCUGCCCCAUUUAACUAUGCAACACACCUGCACACAUGCGCCGCCGCACAGCCAGAAAUAUGCACCUGACACGCCCCGCCGGAAUCUUCACGAGCUGCUCCUGGAACUGUUGGACGUGCUGCUCUCCUGCCUGGUCGUGGCGCCAUGCGUGAUCGCCUAUUGGCGUGGGACCUGGGAGCUGAUGGGUGUGCUGCUCUUUCCCAAUAGCCAGCCCUUUUCCGCACUGGCCUCCUUUGUGAUCGGCGGCCUGGGUCACUUUAUAUUUACCAUCACGCAGAACUUCUUCAAGGAUCACAUACAUCCCGACAAGCGACGACUCACCUACUAUGCCAUCUCCAGGCUGUAUACCGCCGUCUUUGGCAUCGUCUGCGUCAACAUGUGGCGCGGUGCCUGGAUGAUUUGCGACUGGCUGACCAGCAUCGACUCCCUGGCCAUCAUAUCGGUGGUGACUCUGAUAGCGUUGCUCUUCUUGGUCGGCACCCGCACCCUGCGCAAUCUGGGCGCAGCGCCCUACACCGUCACCAUGGAUCACAAGAGUGACUACUUUGAGGUGGACACCAUGUUUAAAAUACCGGGUUUCAAUCAGCCCGGCCUGUACGUGCUGGACACAUUGUUUUCCGUUUUUGUCAUUGGCAGCCUGGUCGUGAUUGCCUGGCGUGGUGUCUGGGGCAUCUUCGACCUGACCCUGUAUCCGCGGGACAAGGCAAAGUCCGCCUGGGGCUCACUGCUAAUUGGUUACCUGACGGUAUUCGUGACCUUUGUCAUACAGCCCCUCAUGCGCUACGUUUGCCGGCGCAUCAGCGGAAUCCUCAAGCUGAUCAUUUGCGAUAUUUACUAUCUGAUGACUUUUUUCGGUGCCGUUAAUGCCUGGCGCGGCAUCUGGAAUCUGCUUGACGUUUAUGUGUUUCCCGACGAUCGGCUGAUGAGCUUCUGGAUAACCCACAUCAUACCGUUCCUGGUGCUGGCCGCCCUCAAGUGCUCCAACUCAAUAUUGGUGCGCGGCGUCUUCAUCGAUGCCGAGGGCUCCGGUGCCGAGUGCGUCCAUCUGCCCAUCAACUAUGUGCGUUUGCAUUUUUUGCGCGAACGCCGCAAGAAAUUGGCCUCCGAACAGUAUCUGCAUUUGGAGUCGCCGUUCUAUUAUACGAAGGCGGAUCACCAGGCGCUGGGUAGGCACUUGGAGAAGGACAAGGAGGCACAGAACAGCCUCAUUGAGAAGCCGCGUGUCAACGCACAGAUCAUCUGAAUCUGAACAAUCAGUGCUCGCGACCAGAUAUCACAUGCCAUAUGUACGCAUUCUGGUGUUUAACUAAUUUUAAAUCAAUUAGCUUAAGUUUAGCAUACUUAACAACAGCCUGGCUUGUUGGGCUCGUCAGUUAUUUCUAUAUCUAAGUGUACAAAAUUCCAUUGAUUAUGCCUAUAUAUAGAUAUAUAUAUGUUAUACUGACGUACAUAUGUACAUACUAUAUGUAUACUUACAUCAAAUCGUUGGUACAAACUCACAGCUUUUCCUUUCCUUAUGUACAUUAUGCAUUGCAAUUUAGUUUUCGCUUUCUAUAAACGUUCAUUUCAAAUAAAAUUAUCUAUCAUACAUAUUUCUUCUUCGACUACAGAGAGCCACAAUCUAUUGUAUGUUUUGUUUUUCCUCUUUUUUUAUUUUCUUUUAGCAGCAGCAUUGCAUUUAUAAACAUUUAAAUAGUCACCUUUUGUUUAUCGGAAUUGCACAGAAAAUUCUCUAUAUGUACAUAUACUUAAUCCUACAGUUUUUUUUUGGCGUUUUAUGCACCUGAUAGGAAUAUGUCAUGGCAAAUUAUGCCGUGUUUUAGAUUUAACAAAUCGAGCACAUCUGCAAUUUGAGCAAUAAAACAAUUUCCCACUUCGUGAAAUUAAAAAAAAAACACAAUAAUGUCACAAUUUUAAGGCACCAAUUGCAUUUCUCACUUCUUCAUUUC